UUCCCAUCUCUCCCGCAGAGCCUUCUGCCUUUUCGGUGUAUCGUCAUGACGCCCGAAGAGCAUGAGAGGCUUCUCAGCCACAAAAACCUGAGCUACGGCUUCGGCGCCCUUUUAUUAUUACUCAUCACCCUUGUGGUUGCUAUGCGCAUUCUCACGAGAGUAAAACUCUUGCGACGGUUGUCGCUCGAGGACUAUCUUCUACUAUUCUCUUGGCUGGCAUACGCUGCGGGCUACAACACAGUCGUGUUCAAGAUUGCCGCACAUGGUGUUGUUGUUCAUCAAUGGAACUUGACCCUACGCCAAUUCAUCGACUAUCUCUAUUUUUUCCACGCCGGAACCAUUCUUUAUAAUAUCGUCAUUCUCCCACUCAAGCUUUCCAUCAUUAUCCAGAUUCUGCGCGCAUUCGUGCCUUCUGGCUCACGCACCCCGACAUUCUGGAUGGCCCAUGCUCUAAUCUGGACAAAUAUCCUGUUCUACGUUACCUCGACCGCCAUAACAAUCUUCGCGUGCAAGCCGACGUCCAAGUCCUACGAUCCUACGGUGCAGGGCGGUCGUUGCCUAGACGCGGUUGCUGUUAACAUCACUUCCGCCUCACUCAACAGUCUGUCGGACGCCCUCCUCCUCAUCCUCCCGCAACAAGUCAUCUGGCGACUCUCCCUUCCACGGAAACGGAAAUGGGUGCUCUCAAUCGCUUUCCUCGGCGGUAUCCUCUCCCUCGUCUCCGCCAUCGUUCGUCUCGCCUACCUCAUCAUACUCGAUCACUCUAAAGAUGUUUCCUACUACUCAGGCCAAGUAGGCGUGUGGUCCUUCCCCGAAAUCGCCUUCGGUUUUCUCGUUGCGUGCCUACCCGUGGUGCGCGGCUUCUUGAACCUCCUCCGCGAUUCCCAAGCCGCAUCCGUGAUCCGCUCCAUGUACCCGCGGCGCCGCCGCCCGCCAUCAGACUCGUCUACAGACACUACUGCAAGGAGACGGGCGCAGGCGUUGGCGGGUAUAGCACAGUUCCGCUAUCAGAACGCCAGGCCACAUGUUUCAGAUAUCGAGUAUCAUGAGCUCGUGGUGAAGAGUGGAAGCUCGUGGGUUGCGGAGGGAGAAGCGAGGGAGGAGAAUUGGAGGCCAUGGCUUGUAGCGAAGCCUCCACGAACGGUCAUAAGACCAAAGAGUUACCCGCCAAGAAGAAUAUCAGAGCCAGUAGUGAUGGUGAAAGAAGAUGAUGAGAUCAUUCCCCGCUAUGCGCAUGGGCCGGGGCCACAGACACCGCGCGGUAGCGUAGAUAACAGUCGAUAA